AUGUUCUCCAAACAGCAAUUGUCUAUUACCCCUACCUCCCAUACCCCACCCGUCAUCAGACCACCUACGAAACUUACCUUUCAUAUCUCCCCCAGUCACAACACCCCCUACCUCCACUCCAAACACUUCCACACCCUCCACACCUAUACCUACGACCGGCAAUCCUUCCCUCCCAAAACACUCCCUUCUCUCCUUGCCUGGGCUAGCCAGCUGCCUCGCGCCCUUGCUGACUCGCCGACCUUCAACUCUGCUGAGCCAUCUACUUGCCCCUCACCCGGCGCUCCUAGCCAGCAGAUCCCGGUCCAUACAGACUCCCCUGCCUCCCCUAAGUCAACUAAGGCCCCUCCCGCCGUGAGACCCAAAACCAACACGCCAAAGAAGACCAAUGUUGAAGCUUCUACAUAA